GGNCCGUACCGGGGCCGGCUGCGGCCGCGCUCCGCGCUGCGCCUCGUGCGCCAGUACGACAUCGUGGCCGACUGCUCCGACAACGUCCCCACCCGCUACCUGGUGAGCGACGCCUGCGUGCUGGCCGGCAAGCCGCUGGUGUCCGGCAGCGCCCUGCGCCUCGAGGGGCAGCUCGUGGUGUACAACCACGGCGGCGGGCCCUGCUACCGCUGCCUGUUCCCCCAGCCGCCCCCGGCCGACGCCGUCACCAACUGCGCCGAUGGCGGAGUGCUGGGCGUCGUCACCGGCAUCAUCGGCUGCAUGCAGGCGCUGGAGGUGCUGAAGAUCGCCUCGGGAAUGGGCUCCUCCUUCAGCCGCUGCAUGCUGAUGUUCGACGCCCUGGAGGGGAGGUUCCGCAACAUCAAGCUGCGGCCGAGGAAAGCGGACUGUGCGGCGUGCGGGGACAGCCCCAGCAUCACCUGCCUGCAGGACUACGAGGCGUUCUGCGGCUCCUCCGCCACCGACAAGUGCCGGAGCUUGCGGCUGCUGCCCAGCGGGGACAGGAUCUCCGUGCAGCGCUACAAGGAGCUGCUGGAUGCGCGGCUCCCGCACCUGCUGCUGGAUGUGCGGCCGCAGGUGGAGGUGGAGAUCUGCCGCCUGGAGCACGCUCUGCACAUCCCGCUGAGGAAACUGCAGGACAAAGAUGAAGAAUCUCUGCGGCGUUUGCAAAAGAGGAUUUGCGAGGAAAAGCAGGGAACUGAUGACCAAACCUCUCUCCCUGUGUAUGUUGUUUGCAAGUUGGGAAACGAUUCCCAGAAGGCUGUGAAAAUUCUGCAGGAGUUACCUGCCAAAGAAUUCGGUUCUGUGUUGGUUAAGGAUAUUAAAGGGGGGCUCAUGGCUUGGGCCACUAAAAUUGACUCGACCUUUCCUCAGUACUAGAAUUUUAAAUGGUGAAAAACCCCCACGUUUUCAGAGUAAGUUCUGGAGGGUUCCAUCUCCUCUGUGUGAUGGCUGUAUGACGUGGAAAAACCAAACACAAAUACCAUACUGCGUUUUUAUGUUGCCUUUUUUUUCCCCCCAAGAAAAAUGUGUAUUUUUGUAGCUGAUUAUUUUUAUAAAAAUGUAAAUCCAUGCAAGUUGAAAGAAAUAUGUUCCUUGGUUAUGAUUUAAUAGUAAAAACUUGGCAUAACUACUUGUGCAUGUGAUGAUGGAGAAUAUCCUAAUGAGCAAUUCUAACCUGGAAAACAACAAAACACAGAAAUCACGUUAUUACUCGGUCUCCAAACUGCUUAACAAAUUGAAACAGUGCAUGAAAUGAAUAAAAAAAGAAUUACUGUUAAUCUCUA